UUAAGUGUCGUCCACUCUGCAGCCGCGUCUCCGUGAAACCAUUACACCUGAACUAAAACGACGGGCAAGCUUCGUCUUGGAGCGGCGCGGCGUUGCUGUGUGGGUUUCGGGUGAAAAGGCAGAAUUUAAAUGCGGAUACUGCGUGUGAAAGAGUUUGGUGGGCUUUUGUAGCUGCGAUGAUGGUAAAGAUGGGUCGAUGGACGCAGGACGCUCCGCUCCGCAGCGGUCAGGUGCAGCACCGCAGCACGUUUCUGCAGGGGGAGAAGAUGCAUGCUUCCUCCUCCAGGACCUCACCCAAACUCUGCCACUGAGAGGGGGGCAUCUUUAAAACAUGCAACCUUGUGGGUCUGUGAUGGAGUUUACAAAACCAGAGACGUUUAAAAGCCGGUAUUACUCUCCCUGAUGGCAACAUGCUCAACACGUCAGCGGACUCAAGCCCCAUUUGUUUGACCGACUUCUCCCAUUAGCUACUGGUUUGCUGUCAUCAUGGAGGAAAGCAAGCUCAUCAUCAGUCUGGACCGAAGUGACGAAGGUAUUUGCGUGGCCUUUACUAAAGAUAAACCACAAGCCAAGGAGGAGCAGCCCGACCUCAGCGCAGGGAUGAACCUGGACCUCGGUCAAGGCCAUCGCUCCAAACCUCUCUUCCUUCCUCACUCCCCCUCCUCCCCAGGCUCAUUAUCUGAUCUGUCAGCAUCAUCAGCGGGCGUUGUGAGCACCCCUGGCCUGGUCAAAUCCUCCUCCAUAGACUUGGAGCCGAGGGAGAAUAGCACCCUUCGAGGCAAGCCUCUCCUCAGCCUGGUCAAAUCCCUCAGCACGGAGAUCUCCCGCCGAGUUGAGCCGGAGGUCAAUCUCUCCAAGUCAGACUCUAAGCUGCAUUUGCAUCCCUGGAAGCAGCUUACACAUCCACAGAUCCCAGAAGCCAAGCCUAAAGAAGGGGCGCUGAAUGAGAUUGAUAACUGGGUAUCACCCCAGCCCACUGGCAGCAUGUCUCCUACUGAACCCCGGGGAAGUUCACUCAUCGCUGAGCUGGAAGACACGAGGAGGAAGUUCUCAGAGGCCAUGCAGGAUCCACUGAGCAUGCUGAGUAAGAUCAUGGGGGAUGAGAACUCUGGAAGCCCCAAGCAGGGGAAGCCACCUGGGGCGGGGGACUCACCAGCUGCCCACGGCAGCUCUGGAAGAGAUGUCAGCAGUGAAGAUUCAGAUCUCAGGUGCAGAAGGAGAACAGACAGCGACCGCAGAGGCGUGUGUGACACUCCUCGAAGAAAAAUCCCGAAGGAUACUUCAGUAAAACCUUCCAUCUCCCCAGAAUGCCACACGCCCAGUAGAGACAGCCGUUUAGAAAUCUGCACCUACGGGGAUGUGAUUCAGGUUGUGGAACUGCAGAACAGAUCCAGCCGGACACAACAAACCCCUCCCCCCAAGUCCAGAAUCCCCAUGUCACGGGCUUUUUUGCCUCUUCACUGGCUCUUGCCUGUGGGUCUUCUAGCGUAUGGGUCCUUUGUGCUGCCGCUGCCUCCGUAUGUGACGGGACUGUUUGUGGGGGUGGCGUGCGGCUUCGUACUGGGCUUGGUGGUGGUUUUCAUGUUUGCUCCCAAACAUAAAGAUGCCAGAAGCUACCAGGGGUCUCGAAGCAAAACUAAUCACUUGAAUAUGGGCCCAAUGGAUGGAAAGUUCACCGAUCCAGACUACCUAGAGGGUUGGAUGAAUGAGACGCUCAACUACGACCCUGAGACUUUCCAGUCCUCCGUCACACAGUCCGUCUAUGUGACACUGGAUGGCAGCCAGCUGCGCCUGGCAUACCCGCACGCUAACAUCCCCCGGUGGGCAGCUUUUGAUGAGGCACUGCAUGAGGCCGUGUUUUCGUAUUCUCACAUUUACCAGCUGGCUAACAGUAAGGUCUCUCUGGUGCCUUCGGGUUUGGCUCGUAAGAGGAUGUGGAACAAGAAGUACCCCAUCUGCAUCACCCUUGCGGAGGGGGAGGUGGGAGAGGUUAGCCUUGUGGACGGACACGGGGAGAAAGAGAGGGCAGAGAAGCACAGCGUUCCCAGCCAGCACCUUCCUGUCACCCUCUACUUGUUUGGUCGCACGGGAAGAGAGAAGGAGGAAUGGUUCCAGCACUUUCUGUUGGCCUCCAGAGAUGGAGCGCUCAGCUGCACAAGUGCUGAAGAGAACACAGAAACACCAAGUGACGGAGAAGCCGCCAAGGAAGCUACAGAGGAGCUGACCGACCUGCCGAUAAAAACAAGAACUCUGCUGGACUACGGCACCUACAUGACUCACCUGCUCAGCUCAGAGAGUUUCAGUCCCAUCCCCAGUCCCUGCCACAGUGACAAGGGAAGCCCCUCCACUGGAAAAAAGGUUCCCAGUGAAGACCAUGGUUCUGCAGGUGACACUGGUGUAGUCACUGAGCCAGGAAUCUACUCUGCCGAGGACCAGCCCACCUGGGUGAACUCCUUAGUGGGCAGAAUUUUCUGGGACUUUCUCCGAGAGAAAUAUUGGACCGAUCAGGUGGCUCAUAAGAUCCAAAAGAAACUUAGCAAGAUCAAGUUACCAUACUUCAUGAAUGAGCUGACGCUGGCCGACCUGGACAUGGGUACCUGCCUCCCUCAAGUCCUUAGUGCAUCAAAGCCCACACUGGACCGCAGAGGCCUGUGGCUGGAGCUGGAGGUGGUGUACACAGGUUGCCUUCAGAUGACCCUGGAGACUAAGAUGAACCUUUGUAAACUGGGCAGAGAGGGAGAGGAUGAGCCUCACAGCAUCCCUGAGACCCAGCAAGAUGGAUCUAAGCCAAGGCUGUGUAUAUUGACGGACAGCGAUGAAGAGUCAUCCAGUGCAGGCUCGUCCGAUGAAGAGGAAGUUCCCCCAUCUGAAGCACAAGGGUCUCCAGGUGAUAAGGCCACUGGAGCAGCUGCUGAUGGGCACACAGCUGGAAGCACCAGCAGGAAAAUCCUGAGGUUUGUAGACAAGAUCGCAAAGUCCAAGUACUUCCAGAAGGCCACAGAAAAUGAGUACAUUAAGAAGAAGAUUGCUGAGGUCUCCAACAUGCCCCUGAUGCUCAGCGUUGAGGUCCUGGAGCUCUCUGGAACUCUGGCCAUCAACAUCCCUCCUCCUCCUACAGAUAGGAUAUGGUACAGUUUCACAGUGCCUCCCAGGUUAGACCUUCAUGUCCGCCCCAUGCUUGGAGAGAGGGAAGUCACAUUCACUCAUGUCACUGAAUGGAUUGAAAAAAAACUGCAGUGCGAGUUCCAGAAAGUUUUUGUCAUGCCCAACAUGGACGAUCUUUAUCUGCCCCUGAUGACGUCUGGCCUGGACAACCCGCCUGCGUCCCAACCGUCCUCCAUACACUCCUCAUCACACCAGUCUUCCAUGGAGUCUCAGGAUUACCUGUCGGAGUAGGGCCCAUCUGAUUUUGAAAAAAAGAAGCAGCUUUUGUGACAAAUCUCUGUUAUAUUGUGAGGCUGCUACAUGUCGGUGGCUAACACACGUUGAUUCAUUGUAACCAGAGCAGAGCAGAAGCCUCCUGAAGCCUGCUGGUGGCCUUGACCCGGGACUGGUGCUACACUGCCCCCUACUGGGAGGUUUGUCACUGACAAUGGUAGUUUUUUAAACCGCUGAAAUACACAUAAAAGGUAUGACACUGCACAGAAUGUGUUGAUUAUGAGCACUCUUUUUGAAAAAAUACACUGUGAACAGUGUCCAUCCAUCCAGAGAGACAAUUAUCCCACAAGCACUCAGCUUUUUCCAGCCAUGGUGCAUGACCUUUAAUCAUUUUUCCUUGUGGUGAAUAAAGCUUAU